CACCUGAGCUGCAGGUCUGAUGAAGGCGGUUUGAUGAUUUUCACGAACAGGAAAAUGGUCGGGAAGUCCCUGAUUGCUGGUGUGGUGGUCCUUCUGGUGGCCACCGUGAGCCUGUUCUUGGGGGUCUUCAUGGGCUUAGGGAGGAAAAACGCGCCUCCCCCCUCAGACUACUUCUACUCAAAGGCCGCCGUGGCUGCUGAUGCGGGAAAGUGCUCAGAAGUGGGGAGGGACAUUUUGAAGAGAAAUGGCUCAGCUGUGGAUGCUUCCAUCGCCGCCCUGCUAUGUGUCGGCCUUUUGAAUGCUCACAGCAUGGGCAUCGGGGGAGGGCUCUACUUUAUAAUAUAUAAUGCUUCCACAGGGAUAGUGGAAACGAUAGAUGCGAGGGAGACAGCGCCCAUGAACGCCACCGAAGACAUGUUUGGCAACAACACUAAACUCUCUCGCACAGGUGGAUUAUCCAUAGCGAUCCCAGGAGAGAUCCGAGGUUAUGAGAUGGCACACAAACGGCACGGCAGGCUUCCCUGGAAGGAGCUGUUUGAGCCCAGCAUCGCUCUGGCUCGGGACGGUUUCCCCAUCGGGAAGGCUCUGGCUCACGCCAUCUUUAAGAGCAAAGAAUCCAUUCAAGGAGAUGCCAACAUGUGUGAGGUGUUCUGUGAUUCUGAAAAGAGAAUCCUGAAAGAAAAUGAUAUUGUUAAAUUCCCAAAGCUGGCUGAGACGUAUCAGAGGAUAGCGGACGAGGGGCCUGAUGUGUUUUAUAACGGGACCAUGGCACAGAGCAUCGUGGAGGACAUCCAGGCGGCAGGUGGCAUCAUCACGCUCGAUGACUUGCUGGAGUACCAGCCUGUGCUGAACGAGAACCCUCUGAAGCUGAACGUUGGGGAAUACACCAUCCACGUUCCAGACGCCCCCUCCAGCGGGCCAGUGCUGGCACUCAUUCUCAACAUAGUGGACGGGUACAACUUCACGGACACAAGUGUCUCAACAGCCGAGAAAAAAACUCUGACCUACCAUCGCAUCGUCGAGGCUUUUCGCUUCGCCUACGCCAAGAGAAGCAGACUGGGCGACCCCCGGUACCUCAACAUUACUGAUCUGAUCCACAACAUGACCUCAGACUACUUUGCUGACGGCAUACGGAGUAAAAUUACGGAUGACACAACCCACCCAGAUAACUACUAUGAGCCAGAGUAUUUUGUUCCAGAAAACCACGGCACAGCUCACCUGUCUGUCAUAGCAGAGGACGGAAGUGCAGUCGCUGCCACCAGCACCAUUAAUCUAUACUUUGGGUCUAAAGUCAUGUCUCGGUCCACGGGAAUCAUUUUCAACGAUGAAAUGGACGACUUCAGCUCUCCGUACAUGACCAAUGGAUUUGGGAUCCCGCCGUCACCCAACAACUUCAUACAGCCAGGUAAAAGACCUCUGUCCUCAAUGUGUCCAACAAUCAUCUUUGACAAAGACAACAAAGUGAAGAUGGUCGUAGGAGCAUCUGGAGGCACAAAAAUCACCACGGCUACUGCUCUGGUGAGUAUGACUCAGCCGCUCUCGUCUCCUGUGGAUUCCCACUCUGCGUCCUGCAAAUUAUGGAACGUGUUGUGGUGGCAACAGGUUAUCCUCAACUCCCUUUUCUUCAACUAUGACCUAAAAAAAGCUGUGAUGGAGCCGCGAGUUCACAAUCAGCUCAACCCCAACAUGACGGUGGUGGAGCAGGGCUUCGAAAAGAGCGUCCUGGAGGGGCUGGAACAGAAGAACCAUGUGACCCAAACACUGAGGACUCCGGACUCCGUGGUCCAGGCCGUGGUUCGGCAGGGAGAGCGUCUCUGCGCGGAGUCCGACCCCCGGAAAGGAGGCUAUCCAGCCGGAUACUGACCCUGUCCGGUUUCCCUCAGUGAUCAGUUUCCACAGAGACUCUGACAGAAACAGGAAAAUGAAGCUAUGUUUACACUACAGAGACGCCUCUCCUCCGCUGCAAGAACAUGGGAACGGACUCAGUACUAAGACCUGUUUUUCGGCAAAACUUCUCCUUAUAUAAAUUAUUUUUGUGUGUGUUUUAAAGUAAAGUAAGACGUCGUGGCCAGUAUAACUCUCGGAUGCUGGUCAGGAAAAGAAAUUUUUAGGGAUUUAAGCAGAAGCCAAAGGUUCCAAGUGGAUCUAUUUUUAGCCGGACAAUCACUGAUGAAGCAACGCAGCUGUAUUUCCAACGAACGCCUGAUGAAACCAAUGUCAACUUUUGGCAAGUUGCCACUGCGGCGUUUUAACCUGUUUUGCAAUAUAAUGAUAAAAAGUAAUUCUACUGUAACUUAUGACACUGGAAAAGACGACUACAGGUAAAACGCUGCAGCGCCAGCAGGUAUGAUGAGUUCAGAGCGAGGACUUCUUAGGUGGCUCCGCCUCGAACCAAACCGGAAGCUCAACUUGUUUUCUACUCCACAGUGAAAUUGUUAUUUCUUCAUGUUUAAUAUCGUAGAGAGGUUAAGUGAAUGUAUAGCAUCUUCCGAAAUAAGAAAACAUUUGCAGAUAUAUUUUUCUAAACAUGCAUUGUUCCUAUGCUAUGUUUUGUUGCCAUGCUUGUUAUUAAAACAUCGAGAAACAGAAAUGUGUGUCUCAUGUGAGAGCUGAAGGAAAGCGGAGACUGCAUUUCACCCUGAAGGCAUCACCAAAUCAUUUUGACACUAUUUUCACUCCAUACACCACCACCAUGGGACAGAGAAGUUUGAGACACGCAACACACCCGUAACAUCUCCAAAAGGGUUUACAGGGCCUCCAUAACGUUUCCAUACAAACUUUCAAUACUCUUGUUUUUAAUGUUAUUAUAAACAUUUUCCAAAUUGGGUUUUAUAUUUCUUUAAACUACAAGUCAAAAUAACAGCGUUGAAGUUGGCUUCCGAUUCAUCAUUGUGGUAAAAGGUUAUAUCAGGUUUUGGCACCAGGAAAAGCAGCAAAGUUAUACAUAUAUAUAUAUAUAUAUAUAUAUAUAAAGACCAGUCUGGGAUUUAAAAUCACAGUUUGAAAUCUAAUA